AUGUCUACCUCUAAUGUUACUGAGCGUCGCGCGUUUCGGCGGACCGACGAUUAUACUCCAGGGACACCCAAGCUAAAGUUUGUGCGCGAAGCCCUCUCGCUGCCCCUGGCUCCGACCGCAGUCUUGCUUAAAGUUCAUGCGGUCGCACUCAACUAUCGUGACGCCAACAUCGCGAAUGGAGGAAACCCGUGGCCUGUGGUACCGAAUGGAAUCCUGUGUAAUGACGCCGCAGGCGAGAUUAUCGCUGUCGGUGACAAGGUGAAGGGCUUUGCGGUUGGUGAUAGGGCCGGUCCCAUCACUGACACGGAAAACAUCUCAGGGCGCGAGGUGAAGAGGUCGUGGCUCGCAGCAGAUGAGGACGGGGUGAUGGCGGACUAUAUCAUCUUUGAUGAGAAUGUUCUGUGCAAACUUCCGGAGUACCUUGACUGGGUUGAUGCUGCCACAAUCCCUUGCGCUGGAGUUACCGCGUGGUCGGCCUUGAAGGGCAUGAGCAUUGGGCAGACUGUGUUGAUUCAAGGUACUGGAGGUGUGAGCAUGUUUGCGCUCAAGCUUGCAAGGGCUGCGGGUCUUCGAGUGAUCCUGACCUCGUCAAGCGACAAGAAGCUGCAGCAAAUGAAGGAGAAAUAUUCAAACCCGCCAAUUCUGACCAUAAACUACGCUCAGACCCCAGACUGGGACCAGGAAGCGUUGAAGCUCACCGGUGGCGUUGGUGUGGAUAUAGUUGUUGAAAACGGAGGAACUGGCUCCUUGGUCAGGAGCCUGAAAUGCACUCGACGUGGCGGCGUGGUCAGUCAGGUCGGAUACCUUUCCAAGCAGGACUCCAAUGACCUGCGGGAGCUGGUUCCGACUAUUAUUGAUCGGAGAAUCAACCUCAGGGGCAUCAACGCGGGUUCGAGAUAUGAUAUGGAGGACUUCUGUGCCGCUCUAUCGGCGGAUCAGACGCCACUCAAUGACCUUAUUGACAAGGUAUUCCCGUUUGAGCAGGCCGAAGAGGCUGUCGAAUAUGUCUGGCAAGGUAAACAAAUCGGAAAGAUUGUGCUCCGUCUCUAG